AUGGGUAGACCUCCUUGUUGUGAUAAAGUUGGCAUCAAGAAAGGACCUUGGACUCCUGAAGAAGAUAUAAUUUUAGUAUCUUAUAUCCAAGAACAUGGAUCAGGGAAUUGGAGAUCUGUACCAACUAAUACGGGUUUGCAGAGAUGCAGCAAAAGUUGCAGGUUGAGAUGGACUAAUUACUUAAGACCGGGAAUCAGGAGAGGAAACUUCACUGAACUUCAAGAAAAGAUAAUAAUAAGCCUCCAAAGUUUUCUCGGCAACAAAUGGGCAGCAAUAGCGUCAAAUCUUCCGGAAAGAACAGACAAUGAUAUAAAGAAUUAUUGGAAUACACAUCUAAAGAAAAAACUCAACAAGUUUCAUUUGGGAUCAUCUUAUUCAUCGGAUUCAUCAACAAGCUUUCAGUCUAUUAACCAAGAUUGUAGUACUCAAGAUAAGUUCAUCAGUAGUAGUCAUCGAAGUCGCUCAUCUACUACUACUUAUGCUUCAAGCACAGGAAACAGUUCAAGACUUUUGGAAGGUUGGAUGAAGACUACUCCUAAAAAGUUGACUAGUUGUACCUUCAAAUUAAAGACUACCCAAACAGAAGAGAAAGGACUACCCAACGGCAGCAAUAACUCCAAUAAAGAAAACCACAACACUAGCAACAGUGAUAACAAUUAUUUUGAAUCACUGUUAACAUUUGAAAAAACAAGUGAUACGGCUUGUUGGAGGCAAAAACUUUCUUCAGACUCAACUGCAACUCAUGGUUCGACAUCAACAUCCCCGGAGGAACCUCAAACAACUACCAGUACUACUACCGCAAUUGAAGAUAGGGUUGAUUCGAUCUCGGAAAGUGAUCACCAUGGGUUGAUUGGAGAUGAUCUAAAUCAUCCUCCAUUUUCUUUACUAGAAAAGUGGCUCCUGGAAGAAACAACUGGGCAAGUUCUUGAGGAAGAUCCUAUGGAGAUUUCUCCAAUAUUUUGA